AUGAAUAUUGCAAAAUUGACGGGGUCUUUACGAUCCAAAUUAGCUGAUUUUUUGGAUUACAGGAAAGAAGAUGAGAAAAAGAAUGCUUGGGUUAAAAGAUUUGAAUAUUUUUUGUGUAAGAAAUAUGAAACAUUGAAUGAGUUUGAAAAACGGUAUGAUGAAUUACUUGACAACUUAAAAAGGUACGGGAUAAGGAUGUCAAAUGCUGAAAAGAUAUCAAAAUUUGCAGAUGCGUUACCUUCAGAGUGGGAUAAAUUUUUGAUUGAACUAAAUAAGGAUUCUAGAUUCUCAAAUUUUUAUCCAAGUGAAUUCAUCAAAGAGCUUAAAACACACAAUUAUGAAAAUAAUAAGAAAAAGAAAGAUUUGAUAAAAGAAAUACAAAAGAACCUAGAUAAAAUAAGUUUGGAUGUGGUUCUUGAAAUAAGCAGAAGAAUCAAAAUAUGUUUUGAAGCAAAAUAUGUUAUGAAAUAUGAUUUUAAGAGGGGUACAUUCAAGACAGAUUCAACUUCAAAGAAUGAAGAAUCUGAGAAAAAACAUGUUGACAAUGCUCACCAAGAAAAAUCUAAACAAGAUGAGUCAACUGAGUUGUCACAGAACGGUGAAGUCAAAGAAUUAAGUGCAUCAACAAAUGAAACUUCAAGUUCUGAAUCUGUGUGCUCAGAUUGUGAAAAAUCAACAUUUGAAAAUGUCAAACUGUUGAGAGAUGUGGAGAGUACAUUCAAGACAGAUUCAACUUCAAAAAAUGAAGAAUCUGAGAAAAAACUUGUUGACAAUGUUCACCAAGAAAAAUCUAACCAAGAUGACUCAACUGAGUUGUCACAGAACGGUGAAGUCAAAGAAUUAAGUGCAUCAACAAAUGAAACUUCAACUUCUGAAUCUGUGUGCUCAGAUUGUGAAAAAUCAGCAUUUGAAAAUGUCAAACUGUUGAGAGAUGUGGAGAGUACAUUCAAGACAGAUUCAACUUCAAAGAAUGAAGAAUCUGAGAAAAAACAUGUUGACAAUGCUCACCAAGAAAAAUCUAAACAAGAUGACUCAACUGAGUUGUCACAGAACGGUGAAGUCAAAGAAUUAAGUGCAUCAACAAAUGAAACUUCAAGUUCUGAAUCUUCAUUGAUUUUCAGGUAUUCAAAGAUGUCGAAUGAUAGAGAAGAGUAUGAUGCCUGGUGGAGAAGAGACUAUGCAAGAUGGGAGAUUAGAAAGUUGUAUGAACCAUUUCAUGAGGCACAGAGAGCCAAGAGAUGGAAUGAAGAUGAGCGUGUUUUCAACACAAAAAGGCUUUCUGAUAACAGCUAUCUGCCAGAUUUGAUGAACAAGUUGAAGGAGGUCUUUGAAGCAAGUUUACCGAAGGUAGUAGAGAUGAGGAAGAGAAAAGAAGAAGAAUUGAAGAAGAUGAUUGAAGAAGUGAAGGCCGAUGCAAAGAUUGCUGCUGAAAAGGAACAGAAAUCUGAAGAGAAAGAAAAGGGUGAAGAGAAAGAAGGAGAAGAGGAGAAGGCAGUGGUAGAUCAGAAAGUUAAGAAAGAAGAUUCGGUGCUGAAAGAGACUGAGAUAAGAAAAUCUUCUGACUCAUUGAAUGUUGAUUUAGUUGUAGAAAAGGAAAACAAGUGCUAA